AUGUGUUUAACUAGAUUUCCCGCCUUUUUUUCAUCUCUCUCUCUCUCUCUCUCUCUCUCUCUCUCUCUUCGUUCAUUUUCUUUUAAAUCAUUUGAUUUUUUUCAUAAUUUUCCUUCGAAUUGCAUUGUCUGUCUGUGCGUCUAUAUGUUUUUGUUUCCCGCUUCUUCUUCUUCCUCUUCUUCUUCUUCUUCUUCUUCUUCUUCUUCUUCUUCUUCUUCUUCUUCUUUCUCUCUCUCUCUCUCUCUCUCACUUCUUUUCCCGCCUCUUUUUCUUGUUUUUAUUGUUGUUGUUGUUGUUCUUCUUCUUCUUCUUCUUUUCUUCUUCUUCUUCUUUCUCUCUGUCUCUCUCUCUGUCUCUCUCUCUCUCUCUCUCUCUCUCUCACUUCGUUUUCUUCGACUCGCAUUAUCUGUCUGUGUGUCUAUGUAUUUCACUAGUUUUCCCGCCUCUUUUUCUUGUUGUUGUUGUUGUUGCUCUUCUUCUUCUUCUUCUUCUUCUUCUUCUUCUUCUUCUUCUUCCCCCCUCUCUUUCUCUUCGUUCAUUUUCUUUUAUUUAACGUUGAUUCGACUCUCACUGCCUUUCUAUAUCCCUCUUUUCAACUCCCUGUCAUCUCUCUCUCUCUCUCUCUCUCUCUCUCUCUCUCUCUCUCUCUCUCUCUCUCUAUGA